AUGGCGGAAGCACAACAUCCACAGGAAACUCGAAAACCUAUGCAACCUCACAAAUUUCUGACACUUCCAGGAGCAGAUGAUGAGACCACGAACGAAUCCGAUAGUCAUGAACAGACAAAGAGUGGAAGAAAAGCACAUGGACUGAGAUGGACAAUAGCAAAAAAUACGCAACUGACACCAACAAAUUCGUACGGAACGAUUGUGUUUGAAGGAUGCGCCCAUCAAGCACGGGCGCAAUUCGUUCGUGCCAGUUUUGACACUGAUCCAGCUAUUCUAAGCGACCUUUUGGACAAAGUUUGGAACUUGCCUCCUCCGAAACUCAUUGUGACCAUACAUGGCGGACUGACUGAGUUCGAGUAAGU